AUGUCAGUCGAGACUAACGUCGCUCACCCGUGGCAAUAUCCAUAUAUUGCAACCUCCUGGCUAGCAGGGAUGGUUAAUGGGAUAAGGUUUUUCAAUGGAAUGCAACGUCUUCUUUUCACUGUAGUGCUUCUAAAGCACAUAUUAGCAGCGCAGGAUGUCUUAUUUUUUCACAUUGAUCAACCCAGGCAACUAGCGUACACAUACCAAAUGCAGCCUUCGCACAGCGUCGGAGUCCCAUUCCCGAAAUACUCUUACAAGAAGGCGUCACUCGUUUACGCGUAUCCCGCUCAUGGUUGCGAGCCUUUGAAAAACAAACUCGGUGCGAAUGAAGUUGUGCUGCUGGAGAGAGGAGAAUGCUCCUUUGUGGAAAAGAUUAUAAAUGCGGAGAAUGCUGGGGCAUUAAUAGCACUGGUCACUGACUCGCAUUCUGGAAGCGACGAGUUUGUGGAUAUGGUGACAGAUUCGACGGAGCGACAAGCGGGCAUACCCGCUGGUUAUAUUACGGGUGCUAGUGGCCGUCGGAUACGGGACUUCCUGCUAUAUUCGGAUGGAGCCAUACAAAUGACAAUUCCAUUGAACCAUACACUUGCUCUGGUUCGUGAAAUUCCCAAUAAACCACCAUGGGAAUUAUGGUAG